AGUGGCAGAGGGCAGAGCAGCUGGAAACAUCUAUAAAAAGAAGCUGCACAGCAACAAAUGUAAAAUGCGUGUCCUGCUUUUUCUUUGGACCUUCUGUUUCCUGCUGAAGGAAGUGCGACCAUGGGGCUACAGAAAUGGGGUAUUCCAUAAUUCAAUAUGGCUGGAACGAGCAGCUGGAGUUUACCACCGGGAGUCCCGCAAAGGGAGGUACCAAUUAAUGUAUGAGGAGGCCAAGGCUGUCUGCAAGUAUGAGGGAGGGCACCUGGCCACUUAUGAACAACUGGAGGCGGCACGUCAAAUAGGUUUCCAUGUGUGCGCUGCAGGAUGGUUUGACAAAGGUCGUGUUGGCUACCCCAUUGUCAAGGCUGGUUCCAAAUGUGGCUUUGGGAAAGUUGGCAUCAUCAGUUAUGGAUACAGAGUGAAUAAAAGUGAGAGAUGGGAUGCUUACUGCUACAACCCAAACUCUAAGGAGUGUGGCGGUGUUCUGACUGAGCAAAAGAAGAUCAUUCAGUCUCCAGGUUUUCCUGAUGAGUACCAGGACGAGGAAAUCUGCUACUGGCACAUUCGAGUGCCUGUGGGUCAGAGGAUUCGCCUCCACUUCCUGGAGUUUGAUGUAGAAGAUGACACAUCAUGUCUGGCAGAUUACCUGGAAGUGUAUGACAGCUACGAUGAUGUGUCAGGAUUUAAAGGGAGAUUCUGUGGUGAUUAUUUACCAGAUGACAUCAUCAGUACAG